UACACUAACCAUACAAAGAGAACUCCUACCAGAAUUUCCUCAGAUUUUGUAAUGGAGAACAAAAAGAGUCACGAUGAUGAUACGAUGGACUUUAACAAACUUGAAAAAGAGCUGGCGAUGGCGGUAGAACAGGAUCAACGGUAUUGGAGAGAGAAUGAUGCUAAAUUUAGAGCAGUCCAUCAAAAAGUUGAAUCUUAUGAAGAAUUUAGAGACAUUGUUCUUGCUUCUCAUAUAAAGCCAUUAGAGAAGGGUGACACAUUGCAAAAUGUUACAUUUGAUGUCAAAUGGAACUCUCAUGCAGAAAAUAGUAAAGCAAAUCCACCAAGUUCUCACACAUCUGACAUUAAAAAGAGCUCCAAUCUACCCAAAGACAGCCAGGAAUUCACAAGAGAUUGGAGGCGAUACCACAAGUCAACAGCUGAUCAGUAUAACUUCCUGUUAGAAAUGGGUGGUGCUCAUCUUGGACAAAUUUUUAAAACUGACAUUAAUCUUCUUGGAGAUUUUUUGAUAGCACUUGAUUCAAAAUACCAAGAUCAGGAUAGUGAAAAUGUGACUGAGAUUCUAGAAAGUUUGUGUUCAGCUCAGAGAUUUAUCCUGUCUUUUCAGUUCUUAAGUGGAAAAGAAAAGAAGGCAUGUGAAUCAUUAAUAUUUAAAUUAGAAAAAUCAAAUGAAGACUCUGCUUGGAAAGAAAGGAUCAGAAAAUUAAAAUCCUCUUAUCAUAUGAAAUAAAUAUGUUGAAUCCU